AUGGAAACCAAACAUAACAGAUAGUGUGUGGAAGAUGCUGUCACUGCAUUACUGGGUCAUGUUUCCUUUGUUUGUGAUCACACUGAAAGGUGUCAAAUGUCAACAACUGACUGCAGUGAAGAAUGAAGAGUCCAGUUUAGAAGGAAGCACUGUGACUCUGACCUACAAAUACUCUAAAACCAUAGAUGCUACUGAUUAUUUCUUUUGGUAUCGACAGCAUCCAGGAAAACCUCCAGGGUUUCUAAUCGCUAGCUACGGAACAAAAAAUGCAACAUCAGCUGGACUGUCUGUUUCUGUGAGUGAUGAUAAAAAACAAAUCAGUAUGAAGAUCUCCUCUGCUGCAGUGUCAGACUCUGCUGUGUACUACUGUGCUUCAUCCUGUGGAGGAAACUCAUUUCAGCAGCCUCUAAAUGCAAUCUUGUUCUUCUGCUCAGCGUCCUCUUCAUCACGAUGGUCCUGUGUCAACUGUCAACAACUGACUGCAGUGAAGGAUGAAGAGUCCAGUUUAGAAGGCAGCACUGUGACUCUGACCUACAAAUACUCCCAAGAUGUUAGUAAUGACUAUUUCUUCUGGUAUCGACAACAUUCAGGAAAACCUCCAGAGUUCCUCAUCUAUCACUAUGGAACACAAAAUGCAACAAAAGCUGGACUGUCUGCUGCUGUGAGUGAUGAUAAAAAGCAAAUCAGAAUGAAGAUCUCCUCUGCUGCAGUGUCAGACUCUGCUGUGUACUACUGUGCUGUGAGGCCCACAGCUGAGACCAGUCAUCCUGUGGAAGAAACUCAUUUCUCCUCGAACCACGGUCAUAUUCUUCUGGUCACCCCUCAGAUCUCAUGA